UUUCCGGCGGCGCGAGGCGAGAGGCGCGAGUGGAGUGUGGCGCGGGCGCGUCCCCUUCUCGCGGUGACGGCGGAGUCCGAGGAGCCCAGCCUGUCGCGGGGCCGGGCCUGCGGGGCGCGCCGGGAAGCCGCCGCCUCGUCCCGCUUCUCCGCCGAGGCGCCGGGCGGCCGGGCAGCAGGUCCAGGGCUCAGGCGGCGCCCGGGGCCUCCGGGGCCCUCCCGGGCUCAGCAUGCCCGGGGUGAAGCUGACCACCCAGGCUUACUGCAAGAUGGUGCUGCAUGGUGCCAAGUACCCCCACUGCGCCGUCAACGGACUGCUGGUGGCCGAGAAGCAGAAGCCGCGCAAGGAGCACCUGCCCCUGGGCGGCCCGGGCGCGCACCACACGCUCCUCGUGGACUGUAUCCCCCUCUUCCACGGCACCCUGGCCCUGGCGCCCAUGCUGGAGGUGGCCCUCACCCUGGUAAGCAGCUGGUAGUGCUCUGAGAAUUCAUUGAGUGACAUAAACUGGAACAUGGUAAGCUCACUGGUCGUCUUUUGCAGUCCAACCCAGGUUGCAGAAAAGGUGGCCUCAAGAAUCGCCGAGGGAUUCGGCGAUGCGGCCCUCGUCAUGGUAGACAACACUAAGUUUACAAUGGACUGCGUGGUACCUACAAUCCAUGUGUACGAACACCAUGAAAACAAAUGGCGGUGCAGAGACCCACACCAUGACCACUGUGAAGACUGGCCAGAGGCCCAGAGGAUCUCGGCGUCGCUCCUGGAUGGCCGGUCCUACGAGACGCUGGUGGACUUCGAUGACCACCUGGAUGACAUUCGGAAUGACUGGACAAACCCCGAGAUCAAUAAAGCUGUUCUGCACCUGUGUUAGGGAGGGAGUUCACUGACUUGUCUCUGGGCAUUUCCACUACACUGAAGAAGAAAAGCUAUUUUUUAAUGUAAAUGAAAUCUUUCAGCCUUUGUGGAAAGCUGGCAGUUUUCAGAAGUGGUGUGUGCCUUGCAAGAGGGCAGAAUGCCCAUCUGUCAUCUUUUUAAUGCAGUCUCUAGAAGAGGCACAGGCCGUCCCACCUGACUGUCCCUGUGGGGUCCUUCCCAGGUGUAUGUUGCUAUAAUUCUCCAAAUCAAAGCUAUUUCUGCUUGUCCAAGAUUGUUCCUAUUAAACAGUUUUAACUAAC